AAGGCCCAAAAUGAGGCCAACGCUCGGACGCUCAGGGCGAUGGUCAAGCAGCCCGACAACAAGAGCUGCGUGGACUGCAAAAAGAACGACCCGCGAUGGGCAUCUUGGAACUUAGGCUGCUUUCUUUGCAUCCGUUGCUCAGGCAUUCAUCGCAGCAUGGGAACGCACAUAUCAAAAGUCAAAUCCAUCGACCUGGAUAUCUGGACGCCGGAACAGAUGGCCUCGAUCCAGAAGUGGGGUAACAAACGAGCGAAUGCAUACUGGGAAGCGCACUUGAAGGCUGGCCACGUACCCCCUGAUCACAAAAUUGAGAGCUUUAUCAGAAGCAAGUACGAGACACGGAGAUGGGCCAAAGAGGGAGCACCUCCCUCUGACCCUAGUGUACUUGAUGAAGGUGGUGCUGCACCAGCCUCAGCGCCGGUGAGUCUUUUGUGGCAGUAG